AUGUAUUCUGGUGGAUUUUCUUUAAUUUCCCCAAAAUCAGGUUCAAUGAGUUUUAAUUCGGUACCAUAUUCAUCAGCUAACUCACUAGCAAUUUUUCAACCACCAUCGGGUUUUAUAAAUAUGAUGAGAGAUUUCCCAUUAGAUUUGAGAUACCGUCCCGUUUUAACUCCUCCAACAACACCUUCACCGCCAAGAAAACGCACAAAAAUAUUAAAUAUGGAUUCAAAAACGUUCGAAAUUGAAGAGGGUGAAAGGCAUUCAAGUCAAUUAAACAACUUUUCUAACAAUAUAUCCACUGAUAAUAUGAAAAGUUUCAGAAGUGAUAUAGAACAAAAUAAAAGUUAUAUCAGUGGAAUAGUUGAAAGUGAUUCGAAAAUUUGUGAAAUUUCUGACUCUAAUGAUUAUGUUGAUAUUAUAAGUUCCGAUAACGAAACAGAAAAUAAACUUAAAAGUAGCGAAAGAAGUAAAACAAACUAUUUUUGUUUCAAUGACAGCAAUCUAACUGAAGAUUUGAUAACGUCUGAUUGUGAAAGUGAAGAGUCUGAUGAAAUUGUCGACAUUGAAUCAAAUGAUUAUUCAAUCGUUUUUAAAGAAUUGACAUCAAAAAGUGUUAAGAAAACUGUUCUUGAAUAUGGAAAAACAUCUUUUGAUGAUCCAAAACUUCAUUCAAAAGCAAUAGAAGGUUUCGCAAAACUUUUUGAUAAGACUCUUCCAAAUGCUUUCGAUAUAAAUAUUGCAAAAAAUGCAAAUUUUGCACUUCGUCAAAUGAAGCAUGAAAGAAAACGUGUUAAAUCGCGAAAGCAACUUGUAGACGAAGAAACAACAAGUCCUGUGUCAGGAACGAUCAUCAGAAAGUUGGACGAUGGUGAAGAACUUGUCGUAAGGAAGGGUGAUAUUGAUCCUGCAUUUAACAUCGUUGAGGUCACUGAAGAAGCUAAAGCUGCUCUUAGUCUUAUUGAGAAUAAAAUUGGAAAUUAUAUUUGUCAAUUAUGCCGUUCUCUAUACGAAGAUCCUUUUGGACUCGCACAACAUCGUUGUAGUCGAAUUGUUCAUAUCGAAUAUCGUUGUUCUGAAUGCGAUAAAGUUUUUAAUUGUCCAGCAAACCUGGCAUCACAUAAACGAUGGCAUAAACCUAGAAAUUUACCCGAUAAAAAACAAUCAAAGGAAAAAUUUGAUGAACAGAAUGACAAAAAGAAAUGUGAAGUUGAACCAAGCUACCAAUUUGAAAAAUUUCCGUGUUCGCAAUGUGGAAGAAUUUUCAGGAGAAACCCAUACGAGACGAUGUUUCAAUCAGCCACUAAUUGUAACAUUUUACGACCUAUACCAAGAAGACCAGCUCCAGGAUGGACGUCAACAAUUACUAGUCCUAACACGCUUCCACCACCCGUACUUGACGAAUUUCAAUUUUCAUUUAAAAAUUCAUUUUCAUUUUCAAAAUAA